AUGAGGGGGAUGCACAUACUACUGGCGCCCCUAGAGAGUAUUAUAAUUCGAGAGCCAGUCCUGGGCGCACACUACCUUGCGUAUUUUUUGGGUUGUACUUUAGAUUUAUUUACGGUAAGGUGGACCAGCGGUGGCCACUGUCACAAUCAGGUUAUCCACCAACUACAGGCUGGCAUUGACAGACGGGACAAAAUGCAAAAUGGCUCACAUGGUGGCAAGUCCAGGACCGUGAUUAGAUCACCUCUGCAGUUUGAAUUCAACAAGCAUCCCAGGACAGGGGAAAUGCCACAAUGAGUAUAGGCGAGCAGGUAGGCCUACCAUCUCUCGAGGAAUUUUGCGCUUUUCACUUGAACAUUUCCCUUCCAUUUUACUAACGGAACAAACCCCACAAUGGGACUGUGCUAUAGCCUGCGUCUUAGUCUUGACGAAUCCAGUGACACCGAGAAACCGGCGGACUGCUCUGUAUCGUUACGCUCCAAGGACCUUGACCACGAGGAUACAGAGGCAUAUAAUGACAUGACACUGCUCCGUGGUUGUUGGUGUCGCAGCGGGGGCCCUAGCAAAGGCAAGCCGAAUGCACGAGAUGCCGGUAGAGGGGACACGACUAAAGGCGUGCCCAUACAGAAUGGGGACAAUGUUGGAGCUGACCGCAGCCAGCGGCAACAUUUGCUGCAGAAGAAGCUCAGCAAACAGAAACAGAAAACCUUGGACAAAAAGUUAUCGGAGGAGAAGGAGGUCAAAAAACAGGCGAAGAAAGUCAGUAAACAUAUUGACCGAACUCUGAAGGAGCAGAAACGAGAAUACGAGCAGACGCAUCGUCUGCUUUUACUCGGGGCCGGAGAGUCUGGGAAAAGUACGAUUGUCAAGCAGAUGCGGAUUCUGCACGUCAAUGGCUUUAAUGCGGAAGAAAAGAAACAGAAAGUCCUGGAUAUUCGGAAAAAUGUGAAGGAUGCCAUUGUGACGGUAGUUUCGGCGAUGAGCACGUUAAUACCUCCAGUUCCAAUAGGCAACCCAUCGAACGAGUCCAGAAUUGACUACAUCAAAAGUAUAGCACCUCUCUCGGACUUCGACUACACAGAGGAGUUCUUCGAACAUGCUAAGCAGCUCUGGGACGAUGAAGGCGUGAAGGCGUGCUUCGAGCGCUCCAACGAGUACCAGCUCAUCGACUGCGCACAGUACUUCUUGGACAGAAUUGAGUCGGUGAGGUCGAAUGACUACACACCAACAGAUCAGGACUUGCUUCGCUGCCGAGUUUUGACUUCAGGGAUUUUCGAAACAAGAUUUCAAGUCGACAAAGUGAACUUUCAUAUGUUUGAUGUAGGUGGCCAGAGAGACGAGAGGAGAAAAUGGAUUCAGUGCUUCAAUGACGUGACGGCGAUCAUCUUUGUGGCGGCAAGCAGCAGUUAUAACAUGGUCAUAAGGGAAGACAACAGCACCAACAGACUCCGGGAGUCCCUGGAUCUCUUCAAGAGCAUCUGGAAUAACAGAUUCUUACGGACCAUUUCAGUCAUCCUGUUCUUGAACAAGCAGGACAUGCUGGCUGACAAGAUCUUAGCAGGGAAAUCCAAACUUGAAGACUACUUCCCUGAGUACGCUCGCUAUACUGUGCCGGCCGAAGCCGUUCCAGACCCCGGAGAGGACCCUAAAGUGACCCGGGCCAAGUUUUUCAUUAGAGAUGAGUUCCUUAGGAUCAGCACGGCGAGCGGCGACGGAAAGCACUACUGCUACCCCCACUUCACCUGCGCCGUGGACACGGAGAACAUCCGCCGUGUCUUCAACGACUGCCGAGACAUCAUCCAGAGGAUGCACCUGCGCCAGUAUGAACUCUUGUGAUUGGUCGUAGCCAACCAUCCAGACGGCUCUGGGCCAAUCCCGGUGCAGUUUGUUUCCACUCCCAAAACACAAGUUCCUUUCACCACAGGGACCAGGAGAACUACUGAAGCAUCACAAUGCUGUCAUUUUGUUUGCCAUUUUUUGUUUUAUUUUGUUCUUUAAUUUUGGCCCAUUUUUUUACUGUUAUUUUGUAGGUAUAAGCGGGGAUGGGAAAGGAUGUGUGUGUGCCUGUCUUUUAUUUCAAAUGCCUUUAUUCUGCUCAUUCCACUAAGCCUUUUUAGACAUCUUGUUUUGUGGUUUUUGAUUUGAACUAGUCUUCUGUAGUUUCUGUUGUGGUUGGACCUGGACCAGCUGAUGUUGUCAGAGGGUGUGUGCGUGUGUGUGUACGUUUGUGCGUGAGAGAGUUGAGGUAUCUAAUGAGGUAACUCCUGUGUGUGUUGGUUCCAGAGUUGGAAUCAACCUUCCGACACUCCGUUGCAUGGAUUACUCCGCUUUGCUCGCUCUCUCCCUCCCUCUCUCUAUUCUGCUCUGAGUACUUGAUGAAGGAGUCGGGCGGUGGGGCGGGCAGGAGAUGUAAUGCACUUUGCAUCAGGUAACUUAACGCCGUCAAGGAAGUAUACACAUGAUGUAGCACCUAGAUAUUUAUUACUCUGUCACUUUUUUUUAUUUGGGUUUGUUUGUUUUUAUUGCAACAUGGAGAGGCUUUCAGACUGCUUUUGUGUGGAUGCUGAGAGCCGUAGAAUUAGCAUAGAGGGGGUGGGGCUUGUGGGAGGACCAGGAGGAUGCUGGGAGUUUGAGUCCAAUGCACCUCCUGUCGUAGGGCAGCAGCAUUCUGCCACAUGUCUAGAUGGAAAGAGAAAUACCACACUCACUUUGAUUUGCCCACAGACAGUCCUUUUUGACUUAGAUCCUCUUGGGCAAUAGUUCUAUAUAUAUAUAUAAAUAUAUAUAAUAUAUUUUUGUUUUUGUUAUCUUGCACACUGGUGCAAGGUUGAUUAUCUUGUACAGACUGCAAAAUGUAAUGUUAUUUUGUACAACUUUAUUGAGAGAAAAAACUUCUUGUAGAAUAUCUUUGUGCCUUGAUAAUGGCUGUACCUGUAAAUUGAGCUCUGAUGUAUGUUUUUGACUGCGCUGUACAGCUUGAUGUCAAACUCUAUCUGACAGUAGAGACUGCAGACAGGGAGUUUCUCGCUCUCGCUCUUGCUCUCUCUCUCUCUCUCGGUUAGUUUUUCUGGUUUAUAAAAAAAGAAAAUGUUCUUUAGUAGAAAACGGUGGAAAAAUUUGUGCGGUGUAAAAAAAAAAAACUCAAAUCCUGUAUACAUUAUGCAAAUUAACCACUUACCUACCGCAGUGACCGCAGGUCGCAGCCAGAGACAUGCCUUCAUCCUCUUUCGUUUCGACGGUGAAAAUGUAUAUUUUUAUUUCUGAUUCUCAGCUUUAAUACAUUGGAAGAUCCAUUGACGUGUCCAAAUCGCAACCUGGAGUUGUUUUACUACAGUAGGAAGCAUCUUUUUAGAUAUGAAGUGUGUAUGAGAUGUAUACAUGCGCGUGCCAGUAAAUGUGUGUGUAUGUGUGCUUCAAAGCAUGCAUGUACUGUAAAACAUAUAUACACACAUGUACUCAUGCAUUGUAUAUCUACAUUGUACAUGUGCAUUUUGUAUUAAUAUAUAUGUACAUAUACAUUUAUAAAGAUAUACAUAUAUUCUAUAAAUCUAUAUGUACAAUUAUACAUAGUAAUGUGUGUACCUAUGCGUAUACAUAUUUAUGAAUGUCUAGAACGUAUGUAUGCAUACAGAUGUAUAGGCAUCAACUUAUAUAGAAUGAGACGAGAUGAUAAAGUAGUGAUCCUUCGGUCAUAGAGAUCCCUUCACAAUGGCACAGGCAUUGUGAGCGUGUGGGCACAGUUAGACAGGAUAUUCUUAACACUGAACAGAAGCUUUCAAUGUGCAAGUCUAUUCUGAGAGCGAGGAGGUAGAUGUGAUAACGUUUGUGUUUUCAGGCCUUUAAGGAAUACAAGUAUUUUUAUUUUAAUAAAGAGGCACAUCAGAAGACCUUUGUUUUUUUUUUGGUUUGUUUAAACUGAAUAUGUGGGAAAAUGAUACUUAUGUACACUUUGUAUAUGCAUAAAUUACAGUUGCAAGAAACCCA